AUGGGUACCAUGGCUACUCAGAAGCAUGACGGGUCGCCGUCUUUGGAUCAAGCACAAAUACUUUCCCUGCCCUUGAUGGAGUUGAAUGAUUCUGAUGACUCCAAUUUAACUCCUGCUACCGGACCCAACAUGCACUUCUCGCAAGGUCUACGCAAUCAACCCGAUAUAGAACAUAAAGUACACACAAUGAAACUGAGAAAAAGAUCUAAGCAGGGAUGCAUUACUUGCAAGCUUCGAAAGAAACGGUGCGAUGAACAGAAACCAAUAUGUGGAGACUGCAAGCGUCUAAAUAGACGGUGCGAAUAUAUUACCGAUGAUAUGAUUCCAGAGGAGGCUUCACGUUUGAAGCACGAAAUGGAACUGAUUGAAGAGGAGAGUAAAUUAAGGCAUAGAAAGAAGAAGACUCCUGUGUUGAGCGGAACCGAGUCUGAUGAUGCAUCAAACGCUACUGAUGAGAAGGCCGAUAAGUCGAGGAAAGCGGCACAUAAGUUUAUCAGGAGUAAGAAGUUCAGAAACAGCAAUGCCGUUGGCGAUAAAGUGGUAUUCAAUCCUUUAUCAAUCGAUAUAUCUUCUGUCGCCAACACUAACUGGCUUCAGGGGAUGGGAGCUACCAGCGACUCUCUUGGUAAUCUAUCAAACCCACAGGAGGUUCAAGAUCUACAGACUCGAUCCGCAGCAUCUAUUUAUUCUGCCUCAUCUAUUCCAUUGGCUCCACUGGCUCCACUGGCUCCACUGGCUUCAUCGGCUCCAUCACUCCUAUCUACCCCUGCCACGACUGCAGCACCGUCUUCGUUUGGUACGAGGGGUUAUGCCUCAUUUUCUCCAGCACUGUCUCCCUAUUUUGACAAUCAAGUGAUACAACGUCAACAUCAAGAUGAAACUAACGUUCCGUUGCAUCGCAUACAUCCUCUAUCUUUGGACGAAAGCCAAACGAUAACCAUUAAUAGUCCAGGUGAUCAGUUCUCUGAGAUGUUUUCACCUGGUUUCUCCAAAGCGUUGCAAGAUCAUCUCCGAGUAGCUGAAUUAAGCACAUCGCUUGCUCAAAACAAUAUUGUUGACCAAUCACUUCUGAAUUCAAUGCUUACCAUUGGCCAAGUGGAAGAACUGUUCGAGCUUUCACCCAAUGUUGGUAAUAACGGCGACCAAAAAUGGAUUUCGCAAACCAAUGAUGAUAAUGAUAGAGCCAGCCCAGCUGGCAAUGGUCCUCAUUUUGUUCGCAAUAAUAGCAUCAUGGGGAGCGUGCCAGCUGAGCAGAGUGGGCAUUCCGUUAUCUAUAUGAACCCUUCUAUUGUUACUAGUACAACACUGGCAUCACUCACACCAAUUGGUAAACAAUUGUAUGAGUACUAUAGAGAUAAGUUAAGCUUGGUCGCAUCUUCGGCUCCCAAAGAAGAGAACAUGUACUUGCAUACAUUCUUACCAAUGGCUCUCGUUGAUCAGAGUGUACUGUACGGAAUCCUUGCUUGGAGCGCGUUUCAUAUGGGUGGAACCAAAAUGGAAAAGCAAGGAAACUAUUACAUACAGAGAGCUAUUCAAGGAUUUGCUAAAAGGCCAAUACUGGAUGAGGAUAAUCUGAAUUAUUACAAAGACGUGGCUACAUAUGUGGACGAUACCGAUACUGAUAUCAUUAGAGAGGAUACCUCUCCAUUUCAUGAAGAAUGUACAGCUACUCUAUCAAUGCUUUCUAAAGAUGAUAUGAUCAACUUAAGACUCGCAUCAUUCCUUAUUCUUUGUGGUGUAGAAAUCUGUCGUGGUGAUGUAUCACGGUGGUCAAAAUACUUGGAGUACGGUGCUAAGUUAAUCAAACUAAAGGGAGGACUUCAAAAGUUUAAUGAUAGUAAGGACGAACAUUUCCUUGCUACAAACUAUGCAUAUCACGAUAUUACUGCGGUGGCAGUGUCGAAGGUGAGACCUCUUCAUUUCGAUUUGAAGGAGUAUGAACAGAUGUGGACAGCCUCUAAUGAUCUUGGAUUUUUGGAUCCGUUGCAUAACAUCUCAUCUCCUAUUUUCAAUAUUCUGGCCGAGAUAAACAAAUUGGUAUCAACGUCACGGAGAUUGUACAGGAAGAUACGCAGGUUGCGUAGCCUUGGAUCCGGCUCUGUAGAUUGUUCCGAUGACGAGGAAUUUAUGGCUUACGCUGCAGAGGAGCUUGCAGGCGUUACGGACAGCUCUCCUCACGUUUCUUCGGAAACAGCAUCAACCAAUUUAUAUUCAAAUGUCAGCUUAAGCCCUGAUGCGGGAAUAUUCAGCCAGGAAAUGAAGGUUGCUCGAGAGGAGGCCACCAGAGACGCUCAAGAUGAGACAGAAAGGAAUAACGGUUGCGAUGGGGAAGACGAGGAGGAUGAUUCUCUAGAUUCUGAUUACUCGCUUUCCGAGAAGUACAGUGAGAUCAUGGAUCAGUGUCAGGAUAUUGAGAAAAGAUUAAACGAAGCAAAACCAAGACAGCAUAUUAUGUCUCGGCUGAAGCCUAAAGACUUAGAACUACAACUCACUAUUUUUGAGUGCUUUCAGCUCACUGCUAAGAUUCACCUUAGGCAGUCUGUACUUCGAAUGACUCCGUCAUCGUUAGAAAUACAGUACUUGGUAAACCAACUAAUCAAAUCUCUGGAUGUAUUGUUGGGAUCAGAUAUUGAAGCAGCACUCUGCUUCCCGAUGUUUAUUGCGGGAAUGAAUUCAAUAUAUCCAAAGGAUAGAAAGGAGAUGAACCAGAGAUAUAACGAGUUCAUCAAACGGUACCGCUGGAAGAACGUGUUGCGCUGUCAAAUAGUGAUGAAGCACCUUUGGAAAUUAAAUCCUUUGGGAAACAAGUUUGUGGAUUGGUACAAUGUUGUCGAAAGAAUGGGAUGGCAACUAAGUUUUGCAUAA